GCCAUCAUCGAUCAGUUACAACAUGGCCAGCGACAAAGUACUCAACUGGCUGUACAGCGUACUCGUUAAUGAAUACUCAGACGUAAAUCGCACAUAUCACGACGUGGCCGAGGCACUGUCCAACUACCCGUCGCUUGCACCCAAGACAGAGCCAUACACAUAUGAGAAUGGAUCUUCAGCGCUCCUACUGCUGCUCAGCGGCACGCUGCCCGUUACGUUUCGCGGCGCGACAUACGGCUUUCCGGUAGCGAUAUGGGUGCCUCACUCAUACCCUCGAGAACCACCCAUCGUAUACGUCACACCCGCGCAGGACAUGGUCUUGCGACCCGGACAACAUGUGAGCACCGACGGUAGAAUAUACCACCCGUAUCUGGCACAAUGGGCAAAAUACUGGGAUAAGUCUACGCUCUUCGACUUCCUGGCCGUGCUAAGAGGCGUCUUCGCAAAAGAGCCGCCCGUGCGAUCGAGGCAACAGCAGCCACAGUACAAUGCGCCUGCUCAACAAGCACCGCCUCCAGUACCCCCUCCGCCAGCCGAAUGGCGUCGCUCAGUACAAGGGAUGCCAGGCGCAUCCUCGUCCCCUGUUCCACCGAAUCAAGCUCCAGCGCCUCCUCCAAAGCCACCGAAACCCCACGAACAAGGCCGUUCCACACCUCAGACGCCACAGGGUCGGUACUCGCAACCCCCUCCUCUACCACCCCACCCUCCGCAACAUCCACAGUCGCAGCAGCCAUACCAGCAGAACCAGAACAGCAGAUAUGAUGCGCCGCAGCAAUGGCAACAGCAGCCUUCCAGCCAGCAAUAUGCGCCGAGUCGACCGGGUGGUUACAAUCAAGGCUCAGGGCCUCAGCAUCCUCAAACCCACGCGCAUGGCUUCCCUCCGCAACCAGUACAAAGCAGCAGCCCUGUGAGCCCCAUGGUACCUAAUGGCCAGCGAACAGCUGCCCAGUUCUCGAGAUCAGGGCCUCCACAACCUCCCAAUUUCCAGCAAGCGCAACAGUACCAAGCACCACCGCAAUCUCAACAGCAGUACAGACAACCCCAACCGCCACAACAAUAUCAGCCGCCGCCGCAGGGUUACCCGCCACAACAGCAUCAUCAAUUUCAGCAGUACCAACAACAACCUCAGCAGGCGCCACCAGCCCCUAAGCCCCCAAUCGACCUUCUCGAUGACUCGCUCGAAGUUACCUUGCCAUCACAGUCUGGCAACCAGAUUCCCUUACCGGUACCACCUGUUCCUCCAAACCCUGAGAAAGAUGCGCUUCUCCGGGCCUUGAGUCAAACACUGGUUUCGCAGAUUCGACAGACAGUCUCUUCCAACAUGGCUGCGGUAGCGCCACUUCGCGCGCAACAAGCUGCCCUCCAGGCUGCCUACUCUCGACUACAAUCAGAACUUGGCGAGCUCCAGCAGCUUGACGCAGCGCUUGCGAACAACGAACAAGUGCUGAAAGGCGCCAUGGUAGAAGCGGACCGAGUCAUGGAGGACGCACGAAGAAGAAAGGCACCAGAUGUUGAUGACGUGCUAGUAGCGCCUACGAUAGUCGGAGGGCAACUUUACACGCUUGCUGCAGAAGAAAAGGGUAUUGCAGAUGCCCUCUUCGUUCUAGGUCGCGCUUUGGACAAGGGGCGCGUUAGUACUGAUGUAUUUGUCAAGCAAACGAGAAGUCUCGCUCGUGAGCAGUUCUUGAAGAAAGCCCUGAUCAAGAAGAUUGCAAAGGGCAUGGCUUUGGAUGAGUAUCAGAUGCAUUGAACGGAAAUCUUGGGAAAUAGCAGAUGCAUACAAUGAGUCCACUUUGCUACGUUUCGCCAUCUAUCUCACAUUUCUAUCAAGUGUUCUUGGAGUGUAUGGUCAUUACAAUCUGGACGUGAAGAUUGGUCGGCUGACUCGGCGUAAUGCAUGUCGACCAUACGGUACCUUUCCGCCUCCCAAGACCCUAAUGCGUACUAACAACUAGAUAACCACGGGCCAUUAGAUCUGUUAGCAGCGCCACUGGACUGAAUAUGUCAGUAAGCUGUCAAUGGCAAAUCACCUCGGCUACGUUUUCCGCGGGAUGUGGAGCAGAAAGACUAGCUGAUGGCGUCUCUGCUUCGAGCUGGUCGGCUGAAAGAAGUGGUUCUGAGACACGCUGGCAGACAUAGUUGAGUGUGAGCAGUGGUGAUGUUAGGAGCCAACAGCACAUCAAGCAUCUGGAGAAGGAAAUCAUGCUG